CCGGCCCCGGCCUCGGGAUGCUGCCUGGAUUCCACCAGGUGUCGAGGCGUUCAUAUCGGCCCUGCGCACCUUUGCGGCCGCACUUGUCCACGUCCUGCCGCGCAGUUUAGGCUCCAGGAGCCCCGGGUCCUGAGGCGCCUGCGGAGGCCAAGCGGCUUCUCCCCCCAGAACGACCCUCUGGUCGCGCCCUCGGCGUGGGGUCCUUUCCCAGCUCCCACCGGACUCAGCGCCGAGCCUGUUCCCUCCGCCGGGGUCCGGGCCCCCCGCCCUGGAGCGCCCGGGGGGCGUGUGUCCGUCCACGAGGCCGUCUCCCCGCGUUAAUGUUCCGAGAGGCUGGGGAACAUGUCACAUCCAUUCCUGCUCCCCCGGUGCCGGCGCGGGGUCUCCUGACCCAGAGUAGGUCCCGUGAGGUUGUGAGAUCUCUGAACCAGGGCGCGGAGUCAGUCCUCUGGACUAGACAGAACCGCCCAAGAGAAAUGUUUGUGAUGAUAAAAGGUCAGUGUUUGUGCCGGCCAGUACCCGAGGAACUGGGUUUUUAAUUCAGUUCAUUUCGAUGGAAGUAGCCACGUGUGGCUACCGUGUUUGACAGCCCGGCCUUACACCCGCCGCCCGGCCCGCAGUCACUCCUGACUGUCUCCCGGCUCCUCCCACUCGGGUUUGCCCUCGGUUUCGCACUCCCCUCAGCCCGCUGGCAGGUGGCCUCCUCCCUUCUGCCUCCUAGUGUUUGCUCCAGGGCUGUGCUUUCCGUGACCCUCCUUCAUCCUUUGAUGUGAGCAUUGCCUUUUCCUCCUGACCAGCCUGACUCAGGGAGCGCUUUUGGGGAGGGGGCCUAUCGGCUGCUCCAGUCUGAGUCUCGUCCGUUCCCACCAGACAGGUGUCUAGGCCGCCAGGAUGCCGGGGCCCAGGCCGCGGAAGGGCCCUCAGGCCCGUGGGCAGGGUGUGGCAGCGGCCAAGCAGCUGGGGCUCUUUGUGGAGUUGAGCCCUGAGGACAUGCUGCUGGGGGUGGAGGAGACUGAAGAUGAUGAGGACUUGGAGGCUGAGCUGCUGGCCCUCACUGGGGAAGCAGGGACCACAGGCAGGAAGCCAGUCCCCAAAGGGAAGGCCCCCUUACCUAUGGCCCACAUCGAGAAGUUGGCAGCGGACUGUAUGCGGGAUGUGGAGGAGGAGGAGGAGGAGGAAGGGCUGGAGGACGAUACAGACUUGCUGACUGAGCUGCAAGAGGUCCUGGGUGCAGAUGGAGAAGCUGGAUCCCUGCAUGGCAAUGAGACAGCCAUCAUGGGUAGCUCUGAGGAUGAGAAGGGACAGGAAAACAUUGAGCCUCCAGUGCAGACACCUCUCCUAACAGCCUCAGCCCCAGCAGCUCAGGCUGGAGGGCCUCAGGGGCUGCAGGCUCUGCUGGAAGAUCGGAUCCGCAAUUACCGGGAAGCUGCGGCCAGCGCCAAGGAGGCAGGUGAAGCAGCCAAAACCAGGCGCUGUGAGCGUGGCCUAAAGACCCUAGAGGCCCAGCUGGCUGCUGUGAGGAAAGGCAGGAAGAUCAAUGAGGAGGAGAUCCCACCUCCAGUGGCCUUGGGCAAGAAAUCCCCGGCCUCUCAGGAAACAACCAACAGGAGCCCUGAUGCAGACCCUCCCGGCCCCCCCACCAUGUUGCCAGACAACCCUUCUCAGCCUGAGACCAGCUUGGGCAGCCCUGGCAUAUCUGCCCCACCCGGUUCAGACCCAGACCCACGGGCCCUGUUGUUGGCCCGACAAAGGGAGUACAAAGUGGCUGCCCUGAGUGCCAAGCGGGCUGGAGACCUAGACCGUGCCCGAGAGUUCAUGAGGAUUGGGAAGAGAUUUGGUGCCGUCCUGGAGGCCCUGGAGAAGGGGCAGCCUGUGGACCUGAGUGCCAUGCCCCCAGCGCCUGAGGACCUGAAGCCCCUCCCACAGGCUUCCAAGGCUCUCACAGCACCCACAGUCAUACCCCCAGCAGUGGAGCGAGUGCAGCCAGUGAUGGCCCCUGACACCCCAGCAGCCCCAGUGGCCCAUGCUGAGCCACAGACGGUGCUGGACGCCCUGCAGCAGAGGCUGAACAAGUACCGCGAGGCAGGCAUCCAGGCCCGGGCCAGUGGGGAUGAGCGCAAGGCCCGGAUGCACGAGCGCAUUGCCAAGCAAUAUCAAGAUGCCAUGCGAGCACACCGAGCAGGACGCAAAGUUGAUUUUGCUGAGUUGCCUGUUCCUCCAGGAUUCCCCCCCAUCCCUGGUCUGGAGCCCAUCACAGGCACUGAGGCGGAUGCAGUAGCAGCUGCUUUAGCAGCUGCCCAGAAACUGGCCUCCUCCGAGGAAACAGCCCCCGCAGAGGAAGAUGGGGAUGAGGAUGAGGAUGAGCCUCCAACCCAGGCCCCAGUAUCUAAGAAGCCUCUGGUAUCUUCCUCCCGGCCCCUGCCUGAGCCCAAGGCCUCGAGUUCUAAGGAGUCACUGAGUCCCUCUGUGCGGGAGCAGUUGGCACUGCUAGAGGCCCGCAAACUGCAGUACCAGCGGGCAGCCCUGCAGGCCAAGCGUGGCCAGGACCUGGAACAGGCCAAAGCUCACCUGCGGCUGGCCAAAUGCCUCGAGGCUCAGAUCAUUCAGGUCCGAGCCGGCAGACCUGUGGACCUCGCCAAGGUGCCUUCACCCUUGACGGAUGAGGAGGGUGACUUUAUCCUCAUUCACCAUGAGGACCUGCGCCUCUCCCAGAAGGCCGAGGAAGUGUACGCUCAGCUACAAAAAAUGCUUCUGGAGCAGCAUGAGAAGUGUCUGCUGUUCUCCAAGCAGUUCAUGCACCAGGGCAAUGUGGCCGAGACUACCCGGUUUGAGAAGCUUGCUCAGGACCGCAAGAAGCAGCUUGAGAUCCUGCAGCUGGCCCAGGCUCGGGGCCUCGACCCUCCUAGCCACCACUUUGAGUUGAAGACAUUCCAGACUGUGAGGAUCUUCUCGGAACUCAACAGCACAGAAAUGCAUCUGAUCAUUGUCCGGGGAAUGAACCUCCCAGCUCCUCCAGGGGUGACCCCUGAUGACUUGGAUGCUUUUGUGCGGUUUGAGUUCCACUACCCUAACUCGGACCAGGCUCAAAAAAGCAAAACAGCUGUGGUGAAGAACACAAACUCUCCAGAAUUUGAUCAGCUCUUCAAAUUAAACAUCAACCGAAACCACCGGGGCUUCAGAAGGGUGAUCCAAAGCAAAGGAAUCAAGUUUGAAAUCCUCCACAAAGGAUCCUUCUUCAGAAGUGACAAGCUGGUCGGCACAGCCCACCUGAAACUGGAGCGGCUGGAGAAUGAGUGUGAGAUCAGAGAGAUUUUGGAGGUCCUGGAUGGAAGGAAGCCCACUGGGGGCAAGCUGGAGGUGAAGGUGAGGCUGCGGGAGCCUCUGAGUGGCCAGGACAUACAGAUGGUCACCGAGAACUGGCUGGUCUUGGAGCCUAGGGGCCUGUGAGGUGGGCAGCUCUCUGGACGCUCAGAACCUCCACCCCUGCUCUCUGCCCAGGCCCACAGGGCACAUCCAGUACGCAGCUCCUAUGGGGGAGAAAGCCUCAGAAGUUCUCAUCUGUGAGGAUGAUCAAAAGGCAAAACUGUUGGGUAGGGCUUGGCCUGAGUUUCUUAGGAUCCUCAGUAGACCCUGGGAGGGAAGUUAAACCCAGGUCUGUUUUCAGGAAAACCUUUCUAAACUCUAUGUGUGUAUUCAUUGCAGUUUAGACUGACUUCCUAUGCUUUGUGCCUGUGCUUCAGACAGUCAACGCUGGGAGAGGAGUCAGGCCAGGCUGUGUGCAGAAGCAUACUUUUCCCAGCUUUGCUGGCUACAGAAGCCUUUGUGCAUAAGGGAGCUACAUGCUGCUACACAAACACCAAAGACCUGUACGUACGUGCAUUACUGACCACGGCCUGGUCUCUCCUGUUGCUGGCUCCUUCCUAGGCCUCCACACCAAAGCAGGCUGGAUUCCAGGAGGCUGCUUCCCCUUCCCUCUGGGCAAAAGCAAGGAAAGCCUCAUUGCUCUGUGCCGUGGGGUUUUGCAGCCCCUGAACCCCUGUGUAGCAACUGUGUGCAGCUUACCCCAGCCUCUAGUUGCAACAUUUCUGAAUGUGCCUUUAAAAGCUCUAUCUGUAAAGGAUGGGAGAACCUGAGAGAUUGGAAACGCCCCUGCUUGGGGUGGGGCAGGUUCCGUGACUCGGUGUCAGUGGUGGCCUGUGCCACAGCUCGGUUUACGCCCGUCUGCCUGUGCCUUGUUUCCUGACAGCUGCUGCACUAGUUCCCCACGCUCUCGGUGGAGGAAGGAAGUGAUGUUUUGGACUAUAUGGUGGGAAGUAGGCAAGGCUGUAUCUUGGAUUCGGUCUGUGCACCUAACACAAAAAGACUGCUAACUGCGGGGGGCGGGGGUUGGAGACAACACAAAAAUGUAUGUAACUUUUUAAGAAACUAUGUCUAAUUCACUUAUAGGGGUUUUAUGCCCUACACGCAGAGUAACCAUCAAAAUCCUAAAGAAAAGUCCUAUCACUUUUUAAAAGCCCGAGUAGCAGUAACUUUUAAUUGACAGAAACUGCUGCUGUGGCUUUCUCCUUUGAGAGAGGGCAGAGGAAGCCUUGCCUCUUUGGCUGAUCACCGAGGGAAAUCCCUUAAUUCUCCCCAAGAAAUUCUCCUUUGGCUUUGUUUUUCUGAAUCGAUGGAGACGGAGGGAUUUGUAGUUGCAAUAGGUUUAAUAUUCAAAACUGCAGUAUUCUACAUUUCUUAGAAAUAAACUUUAAUAUCCCAUUCCCUCUCCCCACACCCAUUUUUUAGCAUUAGCUUAAGUUGUACAAAGCAUUCCUUGAGGUCAUCUUUUAAAGGCUCUAAGUGAAGCAGAUACAUUCAGCUUACUGGUCACCACAGCACUGCGUAAGCACAGCUCAGGGAUUGAGUUUUUGUUUGUGUGUGUCUUUUUCUGACAUAGGGCUGGACCGUGCUUUCCUGCCCUUAGUAGCAAAUCUUUUAGAGGGUAACAGCAGGAAGGACAGACAAAUGACUUUUUUCCAAGAGCUUUCUGACCAGACUUACUUGGCCAUCAGAGUAAACUACCAAAAUUUCUACAGAUGUGAGAUUUAACAUUUGUAGUUACAUCCGUGUGUCAAAGCAGCAGUGAUCUAGAAUGAAAAGAAGGGUUGUUAGCCUUCCUAAGAUGGCCUAGAGCAAAGAAGGGUUUGCACCGCAACCAGUGCUUACUAAGAGGGCAAGGACAGCUGUGGUUACCCUCAGAGGCUCCAACCACCUUCGGAUUCCUAGCCUCCACUGGAAACGCCCCGUUGCAAUUUGUAGGAAGUGUUCUGUGCCUCACAGAUUUCCCUUUGCAGCUUGGUCAGUUCUCAUCUCCUUCCCUGCUCUUUGCUUUUGAAAAACAAAACCUCCAGGCUGAGGGAGGCAAGACAAAGCACCCACUGGACUUGGAGACUGAGGCUCUUUCUGAAAGGGCCUUUGUUGCAGCCAAGGCAUGCCAGGGUCACUGGUAGUGGGAGGAGCCUGCCCAGCCUCGUCUUAUCCUGAGACUUGUCCAGAUGCAGCAACCGAACAGAUUAGUGAUUCGGGGGCCGAGAAGCUGCCAUGACCCAAAUUAUUUUUAAAUUGUAAAUUCCCUCUUUAAUCUAGUGCAAGGCAUACUUUCUUCUCAAUUAGUGAACUGAACAAAAUACAGAAGAAAUUUUUCUUAGGAAGUCUUGCUCACAAAGGCAAACUAUUUUGUGACUUUAACAUUAUUUUCCUUUCUUAUGCCACCAUUGUUGAGAGCUUGUUUUCUGAAUUUUGUGGGUAGUUCUCAAAGAUCUUGCCCCUUAAAUAGGCAGCUCCAUUUAAGAUGAAACCAUGGGACUGAGGCUGGUGGAGCCAGGGAGUUUGUGCCUGGUCCAGCUCCGAGAAUCUUCCCACGGACUCUUCCCAUGGCCUCAGCUUCCCAAACUUCAGAGUGGGCAUCAUUCCUGUUCCACUCCUUAGCCUUUCAGGCUACGUGUACAAUUCCUAAAAUUCCCAUUACUGUUUAAAUUAUUAUUUUAACAUUACUAUUAAAAUAGAACUUAAUAUAAAAAGUGUUCAGCAGAUUGCUUGAUUAUUGCAUGAAAUGCAUUAAAUGCAUAAAUUGCUCCCCUGAUGACUAAUUAUGACAGAAGUAAAUUUAGUUGGAAAUGGUGGGCCUACCAGCAUUCAGGAACCACUGGGUGAAGGAAGGUAUUAGAUGGGAACUUACACUUAGAUGGGAACUUACACAAGGUAACGUCCUAUCUUUCUAGAGCCCAGUAGGUGCUCAGAAAGUUUGAUAAAAAUAAAUGGAGAAAUACCUUGUCUAGCAUUUGGUAAGAACGCAAUAAUUUUUAAAAUUUAAUGUUACCAUAAUGGCAAUCCUAUCCCUCUUCAGUUUAUAAGGACCUCUAUAUGCCAAUCUUUAAGUUUUAUGUUCUAGAAAAAUUUGACAUAUUUAGAAAUGUGAUAUUUCAGCCCUCUACUUUAUAUACCUCUUACAAUAUACAGUGUAUAAUACAGAGAUAAAACAAUGGGGGGGGGGGGUAAACUAGCCUUGGCUCUAUUAUGCCCCAUUCCACAAGAUAUUUUAUGCAAAUUGAGAAUGGACCUGACUCUGCAGGACCAGAGCCUGUCCUCAGUGGGAGAAUUUAAAAGCUUGCACUGAUCCAGAAGAAAUACGUACAAUUGCAAGGUAUAUUUAACUGAACAGGAGGAAAGACAAAUUUCUGUGGGGGAAAAAUGGGACCAGAGUUUGUAGAAGCUCCAAACUUCCAAGGUAUAUUUAGACCAAGUUGGAUGUUACACCUCAAAUCCCUGCCCUAUGAAAUAUUCCUACCAGGUUUUAGAGGGAUGUGUGGUCCCAAGGCUCAGUGCAUGCUGGUAUUGGGGCGGCAUCUACUCUUUUCCCUUAGAAGCUCUGGGUGCCUCUGAGUCUGGGAAAAGGUUACAAUCACAGUACUCUGCAGCUACCACCAGCAAAACUUAUGGAGAGAGAGUACAGAAUGUGGAUCCACCACCACUGCCAUGGAGAAGGGAUAAACAUAGGUGGACAUACUUCAAAGUGAAGGCCAGGCUGUGAGCCUGUUUGGAAAACAGCUGCCUAAACAUAGCUCCACAGCCUUUAAUUGCCAAGUGCUAAGCCCAGCGCUAACCACUGGGAAGCAGCCUCUCACUUCCCAGAGUCCUGCAUUAGCUUCCAGAGGAUUCUUGGAGCUGUGCUUGUACCAGAGGGACCGUCUGCUGCUUGGCCUGGGCUUUUAGAAGAUGACAGUGAUAACAGUGAGUUACCUUAGAGCCGUGUUUUUCAAACUUUAGGUCGUGAAAUCCAUUAGGUCUGUGACCAAAAUAAAUUUUAAUGAAAAAGAAAGUACUUUGACUAUAUCACAUAUAUCAUGGAUAAACCAAACCUUGGUUUCCAAUACCACUAAAAGAAACCAUGGCUGAUUCCAAGGCUGGGGCAGUGUGAGCACUAGAUGAGCCUGGAGAAUCUUGUUAGGCCAGAAAGCAAAGUGUUAAAAAAAA